AUGGCUCACUUCCAAGAGAAGUCACAUCUGAACUGGGUCUUGGAGGCCAAUGUGGAUGAGUGUGCCCAAGGGCUGGAUGACUGCCAUGCUGAUGCGCUGUGUCAAAACACACCCACUUCCUACAAGUGCUCUUGUAAGCCUGGCUACCAAGGGGAAGGCAGGCAGUGUGAGGACAUGGAUGAAUGUGACAAUGCUCUCAAUGGAGGCUGUGUCCACGACUGUUUGAACAUUCCAGGCAACUAUCGCUGCACCUGUUUCGAUGGCUUCAUGUUGGCUCAUGACGGUCAUAACUGUCUUGAUGUGAAUGAAUGCUUGGAGAACAAUGGCGGCUGCCAGCACACCUGCACCAACGUCAUGGGGAGCUAUGAGUGUCGCUGCAAAGAAGGUUUCUUUCUAAGUGACAAUCAGCACACUUGCAUUCACCGCUCAGAAGAGGGCCUGAGCUGUAUGAACAAGGAUCAUGGCUGCGCUCACAUCUGCAAAGAGGCCCCGAGAGGCAGCAUUGCCUGUGAAUGCAGGCCUGGUUUUGAACUGGCCAAAAACCAGAGAGACUGCAUCUUGACUUGUAACCAUGGAAAUGGUGGGUGUCAACACUCCUGUGAAGAUACUGCAGAAGGCCCCGAGUGUAGCUGCCAUCCACGCUACAGGUUGCAUGCUGAUGGGAGAAGCUGCCUAGAGCAAGAGGGUACCAUGCUGGAGGGGACGGAGAGCAAUGCCACGUCAGUGGCAGAUGGAGAUAAACGGGUGAAGCGGCGGCUGCUCAUGGAAACGUGUGCUGUCAACAACGGAGGCUGCGACCGCACCUGUAAGGACACUUCAACAGGCGUCCACUGCAGUUGUCCCUCUGGAUUCACUCUCCAGUUGGAUGGGAAGACAUGUAAAGAUAUCGAUGAAUGCCAGACCCGGAAUGGAGGUUGUAACCAUUUCUGCAAAAACACUGUGGGCAGUUUUGACUGCAGCUGCAGAAAAGGAUUUAAAUUACUAACAGAUGAGAAGUCUUGCCAAGAUGUGGAUGAAUGUUCUUUGGAAAGGACCUGUGACCACAGCUGCAUCAACCACCCUGGUACAUUUGCGUGUGCCUGCAACAGAGGAUACACUCUCUAUAGCUUCACCCACUGUGGAGACACCAACGAGUGCAGCGUCAACAACGGAGGCUGCCAGCAAGUUUGCGUCAACACAGUGGGUGGCUACGAGUGCCAGUGUCAUCCAGGGUACAAGCUCCACUGGAAUAAAAAAGACUGUGUGGAAGUAAAGGGCGUCCUGCCCACUAGCACAACACCCCGUGUGUCCCUGCACUGUGGUAAAAGUGGUGGAGGAGACAGGUGCUUCCUAAGAUGCCAUUCUGGCAUUCACCUCUCGUCAGGACUGCAAGAGGCUUACUCUGUCACCUGCGGCUCUCCCUCUCUCAGAAGCAGACAGCAAAAAUCAAAUGACUCUGCUUUUGGGGAUGUCGUCACCAUCAGGACAAGUGUAACCUUUAAGCUAAAUGAAGGCAAGUGUAGUUUGCAAAAGGCCAAGCUGUCUCCCGAGGGCCUGCGACCAGCAUUACCAGAGAGGCACAGCUCAGUAAAAGAGAGCUUCCGCUACGCAAACCUUACAUGCAGCCCUGGCAAGCAAGUCCUGGGAGCCCUUGGCCGGCCGAACACCCCUAAGGAAAUGUUUAUCACGGUUGAGUUUGAACGGGAAACUUACCAAAAGGAGGUGACAGCUUCCUGCAAUCUGAGCUGCGUGGUGAAGCGGACAGAGAAGAGGCUGCGGAAAGCCGUGCGCACACUCAAGAAGGCUGCCCACAGGGAACAGUUUCACCUGCAGCUCUCAGGCACGGACCUCGAUGUGGCUAAAAAGUUCCCCCGAGUGUCGGGACAGCAGGAGGAGACCUGUGGAGUGGGCCAGGCUCGUGAAGAAAGCCAGUGUGGCCUUUGUCAGCCGGGUGAAUAUUCAGCGGAUGGAUUUGCCCCUUGCCAGCCCUGUGCCCUGGGCACCUUUCAGCCUGAUGUGGGCCGUACAUCUUGCCUCCCAUGUGGAGGAGGUCUUCCUACCAAGCAUCUGGGAGCCACUUCCUUCCAUGAUUGUGAAACCAGAGUUCAGUGUUCACCUGGGCAUUUCUACAACACCACCACACACCGAUGUAUCCGUUGCCCACUGGGAACAUACCAGCCUGAAUUUGGAAAAAAUAAUUGUGUUUCCUGCCCGGGAAAUACUACCACCGACUUUGACGGCUCCACCAACAUAACACAGUGUAAAAACAGAAAGUGUGGAGGGGAGCUGGGGGAUUUCACAGGGUACAUUGAAUCCCCAAACUACCCUGGGAACUACCCAGCCAACUCAGAGUGCACCUGGACCAUUAACCCACCCCCCAAACGCCGGAUCCUGAUUGUGGUCCCUGAGAUCUUCCUGCCCAUAGAGGAUGACUGCGGUGACUACCUGGUGAUGCGGAAAACCUCUUCAUCAAAUUCUGUGACCACUUAUGAAACCUGCCAGACCUAUGAACGCCCCAUUGCCUUCACCUCCAGGUCAAAGAAGUUGUGGAUUCAGUUCAAGUCCAACGAAGGGAACAGUGCCCGAGGAUUCCAGGUUCCCUAUGUGACAUACGAUGAAGACUACCAGGAGCUCAUUGAAGACAUAGUUCGAGAUGGCAGGCUCUAUGCAUCUGAGAACCACCAGGAAAUACUGAAGGAUAAGAAACUGAUCAAGGCUCUGUUUGAUGUCCUGGCACAUCCCCAGAACUAUUUCAAGUACACAGCCCAGGAGUCCCGGGAGAUGUUUCCAAGAUCUUUCAUCCGAUUGCUACGUUCCAAAGUGUCAAGGUUUCUGAGGCCUUACAAAUGACUCUUCCCACAUGCCACCCUGAACAGGGUCCUACUGUGGGCUCAGUGGGCUGCAGCCGUCUCCCCUCCACACGCCGGCCUGCCAUUGGAUCAUUGCCACGCCCGGUAUCAGUGACUGGUCAGAGUUCAGUUUUUAUAGACAGCACAGAUAUCUCGGUAAACUGAACUUGGGUUUUCUCUCCCAGUAUUUCAGAUGAGGACUGCGUACAUCUUGAGCAGCACUGUGUGGGCGCAUGCCCUGGAUGUCCUGAGGGCUGGCUGGACUGGCCUCCCCUUGGGUUCUCACUCCUUCAACUGUCUGUGGUGGAAAGGAGGCCGCUCUGGCUGCAUCUCCAUUUCCUCCUGGCCGGUCCUCUCCCAGGGAGCAUCUGUACUCAUCAGAGUGACCAGGCCAAAGAGGCAAGCAGGAGGGGAGGGCAAGCACUCCAGGAGACUCCCGGGCCUUCUGAGUCAGGGGAAGACUCAGGUCCUCCCGGCCUUCUGCAGCCUCUGCAAUGCCAGUUUAAUCCUGACCGAGUGGGUCCUAAGCAGUGAUUUUUUUUUUUAAA